CACUUGCUUCCAUUGCUUUUAUUCAAAAGAGUGUUUUGCUUUUAUUGUUUACUAACUCUGAAAAUUGAAAGCCUUCGGCGUGACCUAUCUUUUCUUAUCUAUCUCCAGCAAAAUGGAAAACAAAAACCGAGUUGAUUGCAUAUGUCAGACUUUGGGAUUACAAAUAAAAACAUUAAACAAAUUAGUAAAAUAUAUGAUUUGUAUAAAAGUGUUUAGUUUAAUAAAUUAAAAAAUUGAGUGGCUAUUGAAGGUGAUUUCAAGAAUAUAAAUAAAACUGCGCAUUCUUAUUGAAAGCAUUACUAUUCAACAACUUGCACAACUCAACUGUUUCAACAAGAAGGGACAAGCACAUACUUUAAAAAAAAUAAAAAUACAACCGUUUGAUUAACUAGACGAUAAGAUGGAUGAUAUAGAAGAGUUUUUCAUUCUGGAUGACAUAAAAGAGUUUAUCAUUGUAAAGGAAUCUAGAAAGAAUGAAGAAAAAGAAGAAGUUCAAGAAGUAAAGAAAAAAGAUAACAUUAAGCAAAAAAGACCUAAACGAUUGAUAGGCCCUCUUACUCUAGAAGAUCAUGAAACCCUUCAAGCGAAAAAAAAUAGAAAGUAUAAUAAAAAAGAAGGAAAGAAAAAAGAAACCGUUAAAGAAAAAAGACCUAAACGAAUUAUAGGUCCUCUUACUCUGGAAGAUCAUGAAGCCCUUCAAGCGAAAAAAAAUAGGAAGUAUAAUCCUAACGCAUACCAAAAGCGUAAAUUAAAACUUACACCAGAAAAAAAGGCUGAGCAGGCAAGAAUUAUUGAAUAUAAUAAGAGAUGUCGCCAAGAAAAACGAGAAAAAGAAGAAUCAAUAAAAAGAAAAGCCAUCGAAUUACUAAGUCAAAAUUUGAGUGAAGAAGAAAUUUCCUCAGGAGAUAAAGAAAUUUUAAGACAAGCUGAGAUCUUGGAAUUGGAACGAUUAAAAAAAAGGGAAGCCAUUAGGCGAAAACAAGCUGAGCAAAGAAAAAAUUGUAAAAUGACACAAGAACAAUUAGAAGCUAGUCGAAUGAAAGCCCGUCUGAGACACAGAAGGCUUAAAUUAAAAUAUGAGAUGGAAACUUCUGAAGAACGUGAAGCUCGAAGACUUAAAAAUGUAACUGCUCUUUAUCAAAAGAAAAAAAUUGAACGAGAGGAAUAUUUAAAAAGAAAAGCUAUGGAAUCGCAAGGUCAAGAAUAUUGUUCAUUGGAAACAAAAAACGAAAUCGCACAGCAGAUGGCAAAAAAAAGAAAGAUUGAAAUAGCUCGGCAGCGUAGAUUAAAUUAUACACCAGAAGAAAAAAAAGCAAAACUGUUAAAAAUUAGGGCAUAUCAAAAACGAACUCUUCAAAUAAAACGACAAAAGGAACAAUUAUUAAAAACAAAAGCCAUCGAGUUGCUCAAUCAAAACGUGAGCCAAGAAGAAAUAUCACCCGAAGAUAAGGAGAUUUUAAGAAAAGCUGAAAUCUUAGAAAAUGAGCGAAUCAAAAAUAGAGAAGCCAAAAAGCUUAGAUUUGCUAAGCAGAGAGAAGAAGUAAAAGCAGCAAGACGAAUAAAAAAUAAUAUAUACUUUAAACGAGCACGUCAAAAAAGACGAGAAAAAGAAGAUUUAAUAAAAAGAAAAGCCACUGAAUUGCUAAGUCAAAAUGUGAAACAAGAAGAAAUGUCCCCCGAAGAUAAAGAGAUUUUAAGACAAGCAGAAAUCAUAGAAAACAAUAGAUUAAAGAAAAAACGGCAAGUUCGAAAUCGAAGAUAUGCUAGGCUGGGAAAAUCUCCUGAAGAAUGUGAAACUCGAAAACCGCUUAAACAGAAAAGCGAUAAACAAAGAUUGAAAACAAAGAAACAAAUUGCCCCAAAUUUGCCCAUUGCAGUUGAAGUGAUUAAAGUUGAAGAAGAAAUUCUACAAGAAAUAAAUAUAAAAACUAUUCCCUAUUUACCAUUACCAUCUUGUAAUUGGUAUGGAGAAUCAAGUGAAAAUUCCCGGCCUACUGGAGCAACAAAAUACCACUUAGAUCUUCCAAGAAAUCAUUCGACAAAAAUUAAGAGAAGAAAAACAACAAUAGAAACAUCUUUAAAUUGUAUGAGAGAGUUAAUAGACGUGACAGCAAAAGGUGAUAGUUAUGCGAUUUUUGGUAAACACAUCGCUCAGAAGCUAACUAAUAGCAAAAGAAGUGAAGAUGAGGUUAAUAUUGCGAAAAUACUUAUUGAUAACGUGCUGCAAAGCUUGGCAAUUGAUGCUAACUGUGUACAAGUCCUGAAAAAUGAAUUUAUAAUGGAAAGUCCUUCAUAGCGAUUGAAUCAAAAAAUUUCAAUAAAACUUUAUGGCAAAAAGGACUGAAUUGGAAGAAUAAGCAGAAGUAAUUUAGAAAUCGUCAUACAUAUGUACAUAUAUGUAAAGAGAGUAAUUAAAAGCUGCUAUCAGGAAAAGCAGAUAUUUUUAGAUUGGGACAACUAUAAUAAAAUAAGAAAUAUUAAUGUAGCAGCAACAGUGAUAAUUGCAUUGAUAUCACCGUUAAGUCUCAAUUCCGUAAUAUUAUAAUCUGAUAUAAAUAAUAUCAUUGACAUGUAUUAUUAAUAUAUUAUUGACAGUUCAAAUUCUUGUACAAUUAUCUUAAUUAUUUAAAUAAUUUAGGGUAAAAUAAUUGUAUGUGCUAACUUAUGUUAUAAAAUUAAAAUAAUUUUAUAAUAGAACUUUGAAAGUGUGAACGAGGGCGAAAUCUAUUUUAUUAAAGUAAAACAAAAUAAAAAAAUUAUUUGCUGGACAG